AUGCUGAACAACCUGACGGACUGCGAGGACGGCGAUGGGGGAGCCAACCCCGGUGAUGGCAACCCCAAGGAGAGCAGCCCCUUCAUCAACAGCACCGACACGGAGAAGGGAAAGGAGUACGAUGGCAAGAACAUGGCCCUGUUUGAGGAGGAGAUGGACACCAGCCCCAUGGUGUCCUCCCUGCUUAGUGGCCUGGCCAACUACACCAACCUACCCCAAGGAAGUAGGGAGCAUGAAGAAGCAGAAAACAAUGAGGGUGGAAAAAAGAAGCCGGUACAGGCCCCACGCAUGGGCACCUUCAUGGGUGUGUACCUACCGUGCCUGCAGAACAUCUUUGGCGUCAUCCUCUUCCUGCGACUCACUUGGGUGGUGGGCAUUGCAGGCAUCAUGGAGUCCUUUUGUAUGGUCCUCCUCUGCUGCUCCUGUACGAUGCUCACAGCCAUCUCCAUGAGUGCAAUUGCAACCAAUGGUGUUGUGCCUGCUGGCGGCUCCUACUACAUGAUUUCCAGGUCUCUGGGUCCAGAGUUUGGGGGCGCCGUGGGCCUCUGCUUCUACCUGGGCACUACCUUUGCUGGGGCCAUGUACAUCUUGGGCACCAUCGAAAUCCUGCUGGCUUACCUCUUCCCAGCUAUGGCCAUUUUUAAGGCAGAAGAUGCCAGCGGGGAGGCCUCAGCCAUGUUGAACAAUAUGCGUGUAUAUGGCACCUGUGUGCUCACCUGUAUGGCCACUGUGGUAUUUGUGGGUGUCAAGUAUGUCAACAAGUUUGCCCUUGUCUUCCUGGGUUGUGUCAUCCUCUCCAUCCUGGCCAUCUAUGCUGGGGUCAUCAAAUCUGCCUUUGACCCGCCCUACUUCCCGAUCUGCCUCCUGGGGAACCGCACACUCUCUCACCAUGGCUUUGAUGUCUGUGCCAAGCUGGCUUGGGAAGGAAAUGAGACGGUGACCACACAGCUCUGGGGCCUUUUCUGUUCCUCUCGCUUUCUCAAUGCCACCUGUGAUGAGUACUUCACCCAAAACAACGUCACGGAGAUCCAGGGCAUUCCUGGCGCUGCUAGUGGCCUCAUCAAAGAGAACCUCUGGAGCUCCUACCUGACCAAGGGGGUGAUUGUGGAGAAGCGUGGGAUGCCUUCAGUGGGCCUGGCUGAUGGCGCCCUUAUCAACAUGGACCAUCCUUAUGUCUUCAGUGAUAUGACCUCCUACUUCACUCUGCUGGUUGGAAUCUACUUCCCCUCAGUCACAGGGAUCAUGGCUGGUUCUAAUCGCUCCGGGGACCUGCGGGAUGCCCAGAAGUCAAUUCCUACGGGCACCAUCCUGGCCAUUGCCACCACCUCCGCUGUCUACAUCAGCUCCGUUAUUCUGUUUGGAGCCUGCAUUGAGGGGGUCGUCCUGCGGGACAAGUUCGGUGAAGCUGUGAGUGGCAACCUGGUGGUGGGCACACUGGCCUGGCCCUCCCCCUGGGUUAUCGUCAUCGGAUCCUUCUUCUCCACCUGUGGGGCUGGGCUGCAGAGCCUCACAGGGGCCCCCCGCCUGCUGCAGGCCAUCUCUCGUGAUGGCAUAGUGCCCUUCCUGCAGGGCUCCUGCUUUGCCAGUGCCUCCCUUCCUGGGAGAUCCUGCCUCCAGCUCUUCCCAGAGAAACCUGCCUCAGAGCCCAUCUGGACACUCUCCUUCCUGGGCAUGAGCCUCUGCCUGGCCCUCAUGUUCAUCUGCUCCUGGUAUUAUGCCCUGGUGGCCAUGCUCAUUGCUGGGCUCAUCUACAAGUAUAUCGAGUACCGUGGGGCAGAGAAGGAGUGGGGUGACGGGAUCCGAGGCCUGUCUCUCAGCGCUGCUCGCUAUGCCCUCUUACGCCUGGAGGAAGGGCCCCCACACACCAAGAACUGGAGGCCACAGCUGCUGGUGCUGGUGCGUGUGGACCAAGACCAGAAUGUGGUUCACCCACAGCUGCUCUCACUGACCUCCCAGCUCAAGGCAGGGAAAGGCCUGACCAUCGUGGGCUCUGUCCUUGAGGGCACCUUUUUGGACAACCAUCCACAGGCCCAGCGGGCAGAGGAGUCCAUCCGGCGUCUGAUGGAGGCGGAGAAAGUGAAAGGCUUCUGCCAGGUCGUGAUUUCCUCCAACCUGCGUGAUGGCGUGUCCCAUCUGAUUCAGUCCGGGGGUCUCGGGGGGCUGCAGCACAACACCGUGCUGGUGGGCUGGCCCCGCAACUGGCGGCAGAAGGAGGACCAUCAGACGUGGAGGAACUUCAUUGAGCUGGUCCGGGAAACCACAGCUGGCCACCUGGCCUUGUUGGUCACCAAGAACGUUUCCAUGUUUCCCGGGAACCCCGAGCGCUUCUCGGAGGGCAGCAUCGACGUCUGGUGGAUUGUGCACGACGGUGGCAUGCUUAUGCUGCUGCCCUUCCUGCUGCGGCACCACAAGGUCUGGCGGAAGUGCAAGAUGCGUAUCUUCACUGUGGCCCAGAUGGAUGACAAUAGCAUCCAGAUGAAGAAGGACCUGACCACGUUUCUGUACCAUUUACGUAUCACUGCGGAGGUCGAGGUGGUGGAAAUGCACGAGAGCGACAUCUCCGCUUACACCUACGAGAAGACUUUGGUGAUGGAGCAGCGUUCCCAGAUCCUCAAACAGAUGCAUUUAACCAAGAACGAGCGGGAGCGGGAGAUCCAGAGCAUCACAGAUGAAUCCCGUGGCUCAAUCCGGAGAAAGAAUCCAGCCAACACCCGGCUCCGCCUCAACGUCCCAGAAGAGACAGCUGGUGACAGUGAGGAGAAGCCCGAAGAGGAGGUGCAGCUGAUCCAUGACCAGAGUGCUCCCAGCUGCCCCAGCAGCACACCAUCCCCGGGGGAGGAGCCUGAGGGGGAGGGAGAGGCAGAUCCCGAUAAGGUGCAUCUCACCUGGACCAAGGACAAGUCCGUGGCAGAGAAGAAUAAGGGCCCCAGUCCUGUCUCGUCCGAGGGCAUCAAGGACUUCUUCAGCAUGAAGCCGGAGUGGGAGAACUUGAACCAGUCCAACGUGCGGCGCAUGCACACGGCCGUGCGGCUGAACGAGGUCAUUGUGAAGAAAUCCCGGGACGCCAAGCUCGUGUUGCUCAACAUGCCUGGGCCUCCCCGCAACCGCAACGGUGAUGAAAAUUACAUGGAGUUCCUCGAGGUCCUCACCGAGCACCUGGAUCGGGUGAUGCUGGUCCGCGGCGGCGGCCGCGAAGUCAUCACUAUCUACUCCUGAGAGCCGGGAC